AUGACACACACGACUGGAAAUCUCACUGGUCUUCUUCGAUCCCCUCCUCAUGUCUUACGUUCCAUCGCAUCACAUUUAGCUCCUUCGACCGCACUUUCCCUCGCCCUCACCCAUUCUCGAUGUAUCGAAGCAGGUGAAUCUCGGACAUUCCGCACAAUCAAUCUCUGUUUGGCGAAAUCAGCAAUAGAUUACGUUCUCGCUCCAAAUCUCCGUCAUUACUUCUGGCCUCCCGCUUCUCUCCAUCAUCACGCUCUUGAUAACGCUGCACUUUCCUCCAACGAAGAUCGUUGGGUUCGCGAAGAUCUCCUAUUGGGUGCUCUGAGAUGGUACACUUCGAUAUUAUCAGAAAAUGGUCGAAAGUGUUAUGUAAAAGAGGUAGUGGUAGAUUGUACAGACCGAUUGUGCAGAGUCGAAAGACCUACAAAUUUCUCAUACGACGCAAUGAUGGAAUAUGCUUUACUUUAUCCCGAACCACCUGCAAAACUUUCUUCAGACCUGCAUCAAGCCCUCGAGGAAUUUCCUAUUCUACCAGCCGCAACAACCUUGACAGCGGUUUUACAUUCCAAUUGGGCUCAGUAUCUUUCGGCAAUACUUCUCAAAGUUCCAAACGUCCAGGAAGUCACUCUGAUACCUGAGCCGAACCGCUAUCUCCCUGUUGAGGACCAAGAGCGACAAUGGCCUAUACUUCGAUUGAAAAAACUUACGAUUGAUCACGCUGGAAAAUGGUGCGAGCCGUUGAUUAUUUCUUGGAUUCAAGCGUCUGCGGGUGAAUUGGAACAUUUGGCAUUAAGAGAUACGGGAGGACAUUGGACCCCGGGUGAGGAUAUCGUCAACGUCAUCGGGAAAUGUAGAGGGUUGAGGACGUUAUUAGUCCCUGCGAGUGUGUACCAUGAGCUUCAGUUGGAGGAUAUGCCAUGGUUGGAAGGAGUGGGAAUCACUGGAUUACAAUGUGAAAAAAGAAGUGUAAGAGACCUUCAACUUCCUUCACAUCCCAUUAUCAAACGUCUAUGGCACUUUCGUCCACUUAUACAUCCCCGUGUUUCUGCCCCCGUUGAUCCGAUUCCGGUAUUACCGAUCCCUACUCAUCUCCUAAACCAAAUUAAAUCAGCGCCCAAUCUGGUCGAGAUCCGAUUUGCACAUACUCAUUCGACCUGGUUGGCCGAAUCAACAACGGGAGACGAACGAGCGGUCAUUCGAUCUUACAUCCCUCGUCGUUUUCCUUCUAAUUAUUCUACAUCUUCAGUCGACUACCCAACCUCCCCUAUUGACCAUCACACUGUCACGACGACUGACACAACUGAAGAAGGAAUGGGAGGAAAUGUCGUGAGCAGGGACAGUAAAAGUCACGACGAAGGGGAAGAAGUGUUUUGGCAUAUCAGUCAUUACACACCAGGAAUGGAGAAAAACGUCGCUGACGUGGACAACGGAAUGAAUGGCGAAGAAGGAGAAGAAGUGUUUUGGCAUAUUCGUCAUCAUACAUCCUCUUUUCUUACGGAGGAAGGAACUAGUAGAUCUUUAGCUUCCUUCGGUUGGGCAGCAUGGGGUAUGGGGACUGAUCAACCUCUGCCUGUAUGGCAAGAUUAUACCGAGUAUAGAGGACGGACCGUGCCAUCUCAUAUUUUGGAAAAGGUGUACGAAGCUGAGGCAAAGGGGAGGGAUGGAUUGGAGACCCAGGAGAAAAGUGGAAAGAGUAAAGUAGAUUGGAAGGAAGGUGGUAGACAGAUGGGAUUGAGUGAAGAAGGAUGGAAUGUCUUGCGAAGUUGGUACGAAUGGCUUCAUCCUCUCCAUUAG